GGGCUCAGCCUGGAGAAAAGGGGGCUCAGGGGGGACCUUCUCGCUCUCUGCAACUCCCUGACAGGAGGGGGGAGCCAGAUGGGGGUCUGGCUUCACUUCCAGGGUGGCCCACCUGGAUGUGGCACUUGGGGACACGGUUUAGUGGUGAACACAGCGGUGCUGGGCUGAUGGCUGGAGACUCAGUGACCUUAGAGAGCUUUCCAACCUUCGUGAUCCCAUGAUUCCGUGAUUCCACGAGAGAUCCAAAGUGAUCCAAAGUGCGGGGUUAGCAGGAUGGGUCUCUGUGGGGGGCUCUUAACAACCACCCCCCUCCCGUUCCACAGCCACAAUGAAAGGCGGAACACCUUCCUGCACCCAGUGACGGGACAGGUCCCCGAGGACAGCUCCAGACUCGACUUGCACAAGCCCACCUCGGACAUGUCCAGCAAAGCGGGCAGCAAGCGGCCGCCCACCGUGCCCAGCGAGCCCCCCGGCCACGCCAUGGUGUCGGAGGGACCCCCGGAGCGCCCCGGAGGCCGGGUGGGUGCCCGGCACCGCGGGGCACGGCAGGGAGGAGCAGGGACGGGGCGCCAGGGACCCCCCCUGAGCGGCUCCUCUGCCCCCCUGCAGGCCCCGCGCUCCUCCCGCAAGGGCAUCGCCUUCGGGAAGCGCUCCAACUCCAUGAAGAGGAACCCCAACGCCGCCGUCACCAAGAGUGGGUGGCUCUACAAGCAGGCCAGCUCGGGGGUGAAGCAGUGGAACAAGCGCUGGUUUGUGCUGGUGGAUCGGUGCCUCUUCUACUACAAAGAUGAGAAGGAGGAGAACAUCCUGGGCAGCAUCCCCCUCCUCAGCUUCCGCGUGGCGGCCGUGCAGCCCUCGGACAACAUCAGCAGGAAGCACACGUUCAAGGUGACGGUGUGCUGGGUGGAGGAGAUGCCGGCGAGUAACGGGCAGUCCGUGUCUCCCCAGGCCGAGCACGCCGGCAUCCGCACCUACUUCUUCAGCGCCGAGAACACGGAGGAACAGGAAUCCUGGAUCCAAGCCAUGGGCGAGGCCGCCCGGGUGCAGAUCCCCCCGACCCAGAGGCACGAGAAGCCGGACUCGGAGAACAUCCCGCCCAGCAAACACCACCACCACCUGCACUGCAACAGCGCCCACCGCGAGCACCCCAAAGCCGACCCCGACGCCAAGACCCGCGGGGAGGGCGAUGGCCGCGGCUCCGAGAAGAUGGAGAGGAAGCCGGAGCGGGCGGAGGGCAAGAAGGAGCCGCUGGCCAAGGCCAACGGCGUGGGCGGGCAGGAGGGGCCCUCGGAGCCCGGCAGCCCCUACCCCGAGGCGCUGCGGGGGCCGGGCAGCGCCGAGCGGCCGCCGCAGCCCAACGGGUGGCCGUACCCGUCCCCCAGCCGGCCCGGCAGCACCGCCUUCCCCCCGCCCGACGGCGAGAGCAGGGACCCCCGCCGGGCCGCCGCCCCCCGCCCCAACCCCGACAAGGUGGCCCAGCGCAAGAGCUCCAUGACGCAGCUGCAGCAGUGGGUGAACUCCCGCCGGGGGAACGUGCCCCCCGAGGAGCUGCGCAGCCCCACCAGGUUUUACCCUGUGCCUCGCCGGGUGCCCGACUACUAUUCCCCCUACUCGCCGCAGUACCCCGAGGAGUACCAGUACUACCCCGCGGGCGUGCGCCCCGACAGCAUCUGCUCCAUGCCCGCCUUCGACCGGGUGAGCCCGCCCUGGGCGCUGGAGGACAAGCGCCACUCCUUCCGCAACGGGGGCACCUUCCAGCUGCGGGACUGGAAGGACCCGGCCGGGUUCGGCCGGCAGGACGUGCCGCUGUGGCUGCCGGCCCCGGGGAGGCAACCGCCCUACCUGGACGAGGUGGACGCGGCCUCGGGCUCCCUGCGGAGGAUGUCGCUGCAGCCGCGGUCCCGCUCGGUGCCGCGCUCGCCCAGCCAGGGCUCCUACAGCCGGCCGCGGGUGUACUCGCCCGUGCGCUCGCCCAGCGCCCGCUUCGAGCGGCUCCCGCCCCGCGGUGACGAGAUCUACGCCGACCCCACUCCCUUCAUGAUGAGGCGGUCCAUCAGCUCGCCCAAGUACGACUACCUGGGUGACAGGCGGCCUGUCCCCCCCGGAGUGUAUCCGUACCACUUCCCAGCAUCCCCCACCAUCCACGACAAAAUGGAUGAACUUUUAGACCUUCAGUUGCAAAGAAACCUAGAGUAUUUGGACCAGCAGAUGAGCGAGAGCGAGACCCUGAUCAGUAUGGUCAACAGGAUGGUGGAGACCUCCUCCCCUAGGGCCCAGCUCUACAUGCAAGUGACGCCCUUCCCGGAGGCCUACAGGGACACUCUGCAUCCCUACAAGAUAAGCGAGCAAGACACUGAUAAGCUGCUGGGGAAGCUCUGUGAGCAGAACAAGGUGCUGCGGGAGCAGGAGAGGCUGGUGCAGCAGCUCCGAGCUGAGAAGGAGAGCCUGGAGAGUGCCCUGAUGGGGACACACCAGGAGCUGGAGAUGUUUGGGAGCCAACCUGCCUACCCAGAGAAGCUGCUGCACAAGAAGGAGUCGCUCCAGAACCAGCUCAUCAACAUCCGUGUGGAGCUGUCUCAGGCCAGCACGGCCUUGGCAAACAGCACCGCCGAGUACGAGAGCCUGGAGAGCGAGGUGUCCACCCUGCACGACGACCUGUGGGAGCAGCUGAACCUGGACAUCCAGAACGAGAUGCUCAACCGGCAGAUCCAGAAGGAGAUCUGGCGGAUCCAGGACGUGAUGGAGGGGCUGAGGAAGAACAACCCGUCCCGUGGCACCGACACUGCCAAACACAGAGUGGCCCUGGGCCCCUCGGGGACGUACAGCUCCAACAGCCCUGCCAGCCCCCUGAGCUCUGCCAGCCUCACCAGCCCCCUCAGCCCCUUCUCCCUCAUCUCUGGCUCCCAGGGCUCGCCCACCAAGCCCGGACCCAGUGAGGAACCAGGCCCGCCUCGACCUCCCCUCCCCAAGUCCUACGUCCCCCUGGAGUCUCCUCCGGCCGUCCCUCCACUGCCCAGCGAGAGCCGCCUCUGGCCGUACCCCACGUCCCCUUCCUGGCAGCACGGCGGGGCAGAGGCCAAGCGGGGACAGCCCAAACCAGGCUUCGAGCAGAGCAAGAAGGAGGCGCAGCGACCCAGCCCCCCCGGCCCCCCGGGCGAGGGGCUCCUGCAGGGCCGGCAGGAGCAGGAUGCGGAGAAGCAGGCGGCUCUCAACAAGGUGGGAAUCGUCCCCCCCAGGACCAAGUCCCCGGCGGAGGAGGAGGUGGUGGCGAGGAGGAGUGCUGCUGGCAUGGCCAACGGGCUCAGCUCCCGGGAGAGACCGAAGAGCGCCGUGUUCGCCACCGAGACGAAGGUGAAGAUGAGCGUGGAGGAGCAGAUCAACCGCAUGAAGCGCCACCAGAGCGGCUCCAUGAAGGAGAAGAGGCGCAGUUUGCAGCUCCCCAGCAGCCAGCAGCCCGAGCCCCCCGGCACCAAGACCCCCACCUCCUACAAGGUGGUGCGCCGGCACCGCAGCAUCCAUGAGGUGGAUAUCUCGGACCUGGAGGCCGCGCUGCGCUCGGACGACCCUGGGAAGGUGUACGAGACCCCCCAGGAGGAGAUCGCCCGACUGCGCAAGAUGGAGCUGGAGCCGCAGCACUACGACGUGGACAUCCACAAGGAGCUCUCCACGCCUGACAAAGUCCUCAUCCCUGAGCGGUACGUCGAGCUGGAGCCCGAAUCACCCCUCAGCCCCGAGGAGAUAAAGGAGAAGCAGAAGAAGGUGGAAAGGAUCAAGACCCUCAUUGCCAAAUCCAGCCUGCAGAACGUGAUCCCCCUGGGCGAGGGGGAGGUGGACACCCCCCAGGACCCCGAGACGCAGCUGCAGGAGCAGGAGAAGAGGAUCGAGAUCUCGUGCGCUCUGGCCGCCGAGGCCUCGCGCCGCGGCCGCAUGCUCUCGGCUCAGUGCGCUACCCCCAGCCCUCCCACCUCCCCAGCCUCCCCGGCUCCUCCGACCAACCCCCUCUCGGCCGAACCCCGGGGCGCCGACAGCAGCCACUUAAUGCGUGUGUGAGCCGUGACCCUCAAGCCCUGGCUGCUGCCGGCACCAUCAAGUUCCACGGGGCCACGUUUUAGCCCCCCCCGACACGACACCGAACCUCUCGCCAUCGUUUUUGGUUCUCCUGGACCCCCUUCCCCCCUUCCGACGGCGAGACCACCCGGCACGGCCGCGCGGGGGAUGCGGCGCCGACGGCACCGGCUGCUCUGCCCCGGCCUGAGUAGACAUGGGGGUGCUGGAGGUGGUCCCCGAGUAGCCCCUGGGCUGGCAGUGGACACAGGGACAGAUCUGCCGUGUCCUGGGUGCCAGGCCCACGCGGGCAGCCGGGCAGGGACAUCCGUGACAGCGGCCACUGGCACAGCGGGCACCUCCCUGCCGGGGCAUCCCUGGGGAGCGUUCGGACUCCUGGGACGCCUCCCAAAGGUCUGUGAAGGGGCUCUCUGGGUGGAGACCGGCCAGUCCCCACCACGGAUGGUGCUUCCACCUUCCACCAGGCUUGGAUGGUCCAUCUGAGCUCCUCGGGUGCCUCUUCCCCUCCCUGAGCCCUGACCCUGCUUUUUGCACCCGCCUGGCCUGGGCUGUCCCGUCCCUCCUGGUGCUGGGGCUCGGCUGGAGGCAGAAGGAGCCAUGUCAGGAGCAGGGUGGGUGGAGGUGGGACUGUGGGGACACAGAGGUGCCCGGGGCAGUGCCCUGUGCGGGGUCAGGGUGGCACCAGGGCUGCCUGUGGCACCGGAGCGCCGCUGGCACGGAGCAGGAGGUGUGGGCAGGGAUGGGGACGUUGGAUGGGAGCAGGGCAGGGAGCUGGGUGCCAGGUGGGGUGGGGAAGCCGUGGGGUCAUCAGGGACCCCCCCAGUGGGUGAGGAUGGUGGUGAGAAGGGGAAGGGGCCAGGCAGGAGCAGCGGGGUCACCUCGGCUGCCACCGUCACCCCCGAGCCCUCCCAAAGCCUGGCCCUGUGUCUCCCCCAGACCCUUCCCGUUGCACUCCAGCCCCUUCCAGCUGUUUGGAUUUCCUGUAGCAAAUUUACCCUUUGCUUUAACGUUCUGGAGGGUGGGGAAAAAAAAGCGGGUUCUGCCCAGAAAAGCAGAAUCCCUGGCAGGAUGUGUGGUUGGCAGGGCUGCCCCCAGGGGCCGGGGUGGGCAGGGAGGAUGGAGUGAGGAGCUGGAGACUGGAUACCGUCCAUCCCACAGCUACUUCCCUACUGGCUGAUCCUGACCCCCCCAGGAGCCCUGCACCCCAUUAUCCCCCAUACACCCCAUCUUAGCAAUACUGUAGGAACCCCCAGAGCCCUAAAUCCUCCUCCUGAGCCUCCCUCAGCCCUCUUAGCUCAUAAAGCUGGCCCUUUAUUUUGCUAUUACAUGCCUUAAUAUAUGUUUUAUGGAAAUUAUACAUUUAUAAUAUAUAUCUAUAUUUGGUUUUUUCUCUUCUUUCCUGGGAGGAACUGUUUGUGCCGAGCUCUCUCUCCGUGGGGUUGUGUUGGCACCAGCCCUGCCCAUGAGUUACAAAAAGCAGAUUCUUUGCCAAUUUAUCAGAGGGAAAAAAAAAAAAAAAAAAAAAAAAAGAAAAAAAAACCUAUUUAAAAUAUAUAUAUUUUUUCUGCUUUUAUUAAAAGCAAAUUUAUUUAAAAUAAAAUAUACAGAGACUGUAAGUUUUAAGAGAUGAUGUUUAUUUCCCUGUCCCUGAGUGCAGCAGGGGGGUGACCAGGGUGGGCUCCCAGCUGGUGUAACUGGGGCAGACCCCCCUUACACCGGCUGUGGGGACACCAUGGGGACACACCGGGGUGGCUGUGGCCAACACAGACCCACAGGCAGCAAUUUUUCUCAUCUCCAGGGAGCAGGGAGGAUGAGGAGCAUCCCAGUGCUCCUGUCCUGGUGUUCCCAGAGCCAUCAGACACAAGUGACCGUGUCUGAGCUGUCCCCAAGGUGUGUCCCCAGGGCACCCCAUGGCUGCCCUUGGAGCCCAGCUCUGGUUUUGUUUGGGUUUUUUUUUGUUUUUGUUUUGUUUUGUUUUGUUUUGUUUUUUAAAAAAA